ACACCAGCCAGCCCUAAGUUAAGUUUAGCAGGGCAUUCCAUUUUAUAAAACCUUCAGCGGUGGUUUCGCCGCUCUUCAAACUCUGCCGCCAUUAGCUUCGUCUCCUUUCUCCGUCAUCUUCCUCCGGCAGAACACCUUCAAGUCUGAGAGAUGGGUAUUAAGGAGAAGAAACGUAUGCAGAAAAGUUUAAAAAAAGCAUCAUCAAAAUUUCCAGAGGCUAGUAGUGGAAAAGAUGAAACUGCAGAUUUCUUGCCAAUUGAAGGUGGUCCUGGACUUAAACUUGCUAAAACUGUACCAUUGGCUAGUAAAGCUACAGUCCUCUAUAUAGGUCAUAUUCCACAUGGGUUCUAUGAGAAUGAGAUGGAAGGUUUUUUUAAACAGUUUGGUACUAUCAAGAAACUUCGAAUUGCAAGGAAUAAGAAGACUGGAAAGUCAAAGCACUUUGGCUUCAUCCAAUUUGAGUCUCCUGAGGUUGCAAAAAUUGUUGCUGAAUGCAUGAAUAAUUAUCUUAUGUGUGAACACAUGCUAAAAGUUCACCUGAUUGAACCUGAGAAUGUUCAUCCAAAAUUGUGGAGUGGUGUUAACCGCUUUUACAAGCCUCCAGAUUGGGUUAAAAUUGAGAGGAAGAGGCAUGACAAGGAAAGAACAUUGGAAGGGCACAAAAAAUUGGUUGAUGGAAUCAUGAAAAGGGAUAAGAAAAGGAGGAAGAAGAUAGAGGCAGCUGGUAUGGAUUACGAAUGCCCAGAAAUUGUGGGAAGCAAUCCGCCUGCUCCAAAGAAGAUUAGGUUUGAUUGAGGAUUGUAAUAAUAGACUGAAAUGCCCUCCCUGCCAAGCAUCAGCAGUAUAUGAAAAAUCCAAAUUUUGAAUGCAUUUGGUUAUUAACGUUGUAUUAGUAGUAUCUGGAGUUUUCACUUCACUGUUUUAACAGAUUUUGUUUUCGGGUUGAAUUAUGGAUCGAUCGAUUGUUAUUUGAACCAAACAUUUGCUUUAAUGAUCAUUAUUUCAUAAGAUUUA